GUACACCAAUGGAAAGUAGCUAGAGAUAACCUGAAACAUCUUCAGUGAUGCACAUGAACUUGAAUUGAAACAAGACUGAAGCUCCGCUCUGUGCCACGUCUCGCAACGUCGGGACGCGUUAGGACGCGUGGCGAAAACACAUGCUGUAACCCAGUCAACAGGAUGGCACGGUUGCUGCGCUUCGAGGCUUCUGACGAACAUCAGGGUUCCUGCGUAGCUUGAAGGCAGAAGGCAUAGUACUACCGGAAUCAAGAUGUCCCUUCGAAGAGAAGGGCCAAGCCGCGAGCGGUCAAGCUUUUCUCUGACAUUACACCUAUGCUUUGUGCUCUGUAUGGUCCCUCUCUGUGCCGCUGACUCAGACGUCCGAUUCCACCCAUCUUGGGUAGAAAAUUGUCCUGGUUAUGCCGCAAUCGGGCAACAGCUCUGUGCCUUCGGUUUCGACCGCAUAACACGUCUUUUCGCUUCCCGCAGUUGCUUCGACGCAGACUACGAACGGUCUUGGUGUUGUCCCGAGAAAGACCCAACGAAGAAAGCCUUUGGCCAACCACGUAUCAUCUUGCCAGACUGUUUUAUUCCAGAUGGGUUCAAUUCGUUGACGCCAAAGCUCUGUUGCGAUGGAGAUUACCGAAGUCUGGCUGUGCCACCAAUGAUGGCAAAGGUGAAUCUAGCAUAUGGGAGCAACACAACGUGUGUGGGACAAGUCGUGGGUGGAGAUGCAGAGGUGCUCACGAGAGAAGGGGUAUGAAUGGAUGGAAGGUUUUUUUAGAAGAUGUAGGAAGAGAGUGAAUGUUGUAGAAAGAUCGUCAUGAUGAAGAAUAACGGAGGCGUUUCCUUCUUCCUUUAUCAAAAUUAUGAAAUACGGCCCCGCAUGUAUGUUCUCACCCUCCCCGUACUCGUAGCAUCUCUUCUCCCUUCUUCAUUCUCCAUCCGCGUCGGCGAGAAGCGUCGCUUCAUUCCUACGUUAGAAGAUGUGAUACGAGAGAUGUGUCCCGACGCACGACAGGCCUACGAAGCUGUGAACGUGAUAUGGGCAAGCAUGAAUCGCCGACCUCCACCAGCAGCAUCAUUGAUGGUGCCUAAUUGUUAUGGACCUCUAUUUGAAGUUGAAGAGAAUAGCGUCAUCAAGACUUCGUUGAAGUUCUUGAUUUGAUCAACCGAUGAAGUAGAUGUCACAAAAUGAGAAUGAAAACUGCUCUGGAAAAGUGCCUCCAAGUAGAAUAAAUGCCAACCGCCAGAAUCAAGGCUCGUCCAAUAUCCUCCCUAAUACACGGUAACCGCCAUCAAAGGGCGCUACCCCAUUUUUGGACUUCUCAAUGCUCUUCUGGUUAGUGGCGACUUUUUCUCCAAGGUCAAGUUCGAUGCAAAAGACUUGCUCGAUCCUCAAAGGUCUGCCAUUGCGUAUUUGCACAUAGCUCUAGAAUACUUCGAAUCAGAGUACAAGAUCCCCAGGGACCAAGAGGAGAUGAAGAGGAAAAAGAGAAAGAGGAGGAAGCGGAAGGGCAAGCGUUCAGCUGAAGUUGCUGCUGGCGCCGAAGAUGACAUUUUUAUAGGUGACGCAGGGGCAGUGGGCGCUACGACUGGCGUUCUUCAAGAAGAAGAAGAAGAUCCACCUCUUCAGGAACGACGUUCUCAAGAAGCCAAAGAAGUCCCCAAAGGAAAGGGAAACAAGUGGGAGGUUUUCGUCCAGAUGGCUCAAGAUGUUUUCCACAAAUACGGCUGGACUGAAGAGAUCGAGACGCAUGUCAACUACUUGUUGGACAAGUUAUGGACUCAAUGGGACCCACCGACGCGCUGGCGCUAUAUAGACUGGGAAGACUGGCGAACUUGGAAUCGGCUAGUAGAAGCAGCGCCGAUUUUGUUAGAACGUGCAUCCGAUUUCUCAGUGAAUGAUCUGGAUGGGAAUUAUCAUGUAGGGAAGAUAGCGGCGGCUGGGGGCGGAAGGAAGAAGAAGGAGAAGAGGGUGAAGCCCGCUGUGGACGCGCCUACGGAAGAGUCCGGGCAGGCUGAAAAUACAGUCACAGACGCUAGUGCAGACGCAGUGGACACUAGCGUCCCGCAAUGGGCCAAGCAAUUCUUGUAUUUCGUGGAUGAUCCAGCUCUAUAUGGCCCCGAAGCACAGGCUUGUGCAGGCUAUCAUGGGGUCAUGGAAUUAUUAAAAGACGCCGGAUCAAGAAGGGUAACAGUUAAGGCUAGAGUCAGUCACUAUCUGCGGUAAGAGUAAAUUGCCGCUGGGAGUCAAGGUGAAAAUUAGGCGAAAAGAGGUAAGCCAUUCAAUCACAGGGAUGGUGAUUGACUAGCGUUAAAACAGACAAAAAGAUGAUAGUAGUCCUCGAUGUUGGUGCUGGCACUGCACCUUGCGAAGAUCAGUGGACUCAGGUGGGGGACCACGUGCAGUACCUAAAACAGGACUUCGCUCAGUAUGAUGCGGGUUCCCGGAAGGAUGAGGAUGUUAUACGUGCAUCGCGGGAAUUGGGUGUAAACCAACACGCGUUUGGCAGUAGCAUACACAAUGCGCGGUCGGGGUAUGCGGCGUUGGAUAUUGUCUCCGAUUUAUGCUGAGCAGAGGAACUUGAUAGAAGGUUUAGUAGACUUCUGAUGAUAGUAGUGAACCUUGUUCUAUAGACCACUUGUGUUGUAAUGACUGCGACAGUUGUAUCAAACGAGAUGAAAUCAUUAUAUAAAACAGAAAAACGUGAUGUUUCCUACUUUUUCAUACUCGAUCACGAACAUUCCUCUUCCGGACAGCAGCGUCGACAUCGUCAUCUGCGACCAAGUUCUGGAGCACUUGCCUCACCCAGUAGACGCAAUGCGUGAGCUCUUCCGGCUUUUGAAGAAUGAGAGCCUCGUUUCUAGUUAUGUGCAGCAGACCGAUGUCAACAGAAGUGACCCGCAGAGUGCCAAGAGAGGUGGCAUCCUAAUGCUCUCCCACCCGUACGGAAGCUACUUACACAACUUACCGCAUCACUACAACGGUGGUUUCACGCAUUCUUGGUUCGAUCACCAUUUAGGACCACUGUAUGAGAAAGUCUGGUGGAAUUACAGAUGGGAAAAGACAGGCGAAUCUUUGCAGAGGACGCUGAACGAAAUCGAUUGCUUUCAUUAUGAUGGGUUUGUAGUCCUAGUCCGUUGAUAUGAUGCACGAAUGCGAUAAUAUCGCUACUGCCAGCAAGUUGAGUCUAAGCAGCCAAGUGAUGCGAUUCUAGCGCACUAAGCUCCUGUGUCCAGCUGUGAUCUAGUUGUACCUUCCAUCAGCAGAAAUUCUACGCUGCCCCAAGUUUCCCCGCUAAACUCCAACCUUCUCCUUCUCUAACAUGCAGUCCACUUACGAAACUUUGCGCCUGGUCGUGUGUUCCGAGACUUACUGCUUGGUGUCUUGCCUGCGGUCACGGACACGGUUCCCGGUCUCUGUCCUGGUGCGGAGCGUGCAGUCCAGGGUGUGAAUGUUGUUGCGAUAAAGUGAGAUUAAUGAUCUCACCUUUCUGAUUCUUGAAUGUUGAACAAAUUUCCCAUACUGAUGGAACCGAGUUUGUUAUUCUUGAUGUGGCCAUGUCCAUGAUUGUCAGAAGGAUUGAUGGUUUUUUUUUUUUUGGCGGAAGACACUUCCCGAUGGGUCGAUCAGUGGAUUGAUAUUCAUGUAGUUGCUUGAAGACGAGUAACUUUGAAAGGGCGACCGUUUCGCUCCUAUGAAGCCACAU